UUUCAAUCAUUAAUUCUUCUCUUUUCAUGUCGCCAACUGACACAUCACUUGCUAAUUUUUUAGAUGUUUAACUCUUUGUUCUUUACCCCCAAGUGAGAUUGAAGGCCCAUCAUACAAAAACCCGCCUCACCCCAACAAAACCCGAGAAGCUGUCCCCACCCAACGCCUUCAGCCCACCGCGUAAACGUGACAGAAACACGAGGGAAGACGCGAUCCCACCGAGAUCUAGCUUGAGUCACGUCAUCCGUCUUGUAUUGAGACCGCAGCUAUCAAUGCCAACACUCGCAGCAUGGCACCAGGAGGAGCACCAGGACCACCUGUAGGGGCACCAGGCCCAGCCCGUGACCUGUUUAUCCUCCCAGGUUUCGCUCCUCGGCUGCAGCUGGAGCUGGAUGUCAGGUCUGCGUCUUUCCGAGCUAUCUGGGUGCGAAGGACAUACACAGACGACAGCGUCCGAGACAGGGUCCGAGAUUGCAUCAGUGCUGGUGGUGGAGGAGCAGGAGGAGGAGAUGGCCAGCGGUCCCCCGAGACACUCUUCCAGGAGGUCUGCUACGGCAACAACGUCACCCUGCUCUUCCGGCUCUGCUUCCACCUGAGCGACUUCUACGGGUCUGCCACGCUGUGGGAAUCCAUGGCCCGCGGCUUCUCCACAACACCCGGGGCGAUCGAGGACAUGGUCAAGAUCCUCAGCCGUGCGCGCAGUGCUUACAUUGAGCAGCACGGUCCUGCUUUGCGGUCGGGGGCUACCAAGGCCGCCGACCUUUGGAUCGACUACGUCGAGACCCGAGGA